AUGAAGGCUGCUGAUACAGAACAAAAAUGGCGCCAAUAUGUAAUUGCAGGCAUUGUAAACAACGGUAUUGUCCGUACCGGCUAUUCCAUGGGAUGGGGUUCCCCAGUGCACGUGCUGUUCCAAAAUGUAACCACAUCACCACUAGACUACGUGUUGACAACUAAUCAAGAGGCUUGGAUGGGAUCUCUGCUUGCCAUCGGCGCAAUAUUCGGUCCAUUCUUUGCUGGCUUUGCUGCUUCUAUUAUUUGGCGCAAAUGGGGUCUCAUAAUCAGCGCUAUCCCUUUGUUAGUCGGAUGGAUUUUGAUCUUGGUUAUAUUCAACGUGAAUUUGAUCUACGCUGGCAGGAUCUUAUUCUUAGGUGAAGGAAUGGUGUACACCAUCUGCCCAAUGUACUGUGCAGAAAUAGCUACGAUAGGAAAUACGCAUACGAUCCGUCCGAGACCGGACUGCUUUCAGUCAACCAACGACACCUACAGAAUGGAGAAGGGACAAGAGUGGCGACAAUAUCUCAUCGCUGCUGUCGCGAACAUCGCGAUCUUCAACGUUGGCUACUCCAUGGGCUGGACAUCACCCGUGAACAUGAUAUUGGGCGAUGUCACAAAAUCGCCCUUAGAUGACGUCAUAACAGUAGAUGAAGAGGCCUGGAUCGCGUCACUGCUCCCCUUAGGCGCUAUAUUUGGUCCUUUUUUUGCUGGCUUCGCUGCAUCGUCGAUCGGCCGUAAGUGGGGUCUAAUGAGUUGUGCCAUACCCGCGAUUAUCGGAUGGAUUCUGAUCGUAACUACCUUCAACGUCGCUAUGAUAUACGCGGGCAGAAUCUUCUGGGGAUUGUCUGUUGGAAUGUCGUUCACCUUAUCAACUAUGUACUGCGCUGAAAUAGCUACGGAUGACUGUCGAGGUGCACUGGGAUCAUAUUUGCAAAUGUUCAUCACGUUGGGUUUCCUGAUGGUGUAUUCUGUUGGUCCUUUCGUCUCUUAUCACGUCAUUGCCUACUUGGGCCUGGCAAUAGUGACGGUCUUCUGCAUCAGUUUUUUCUUUAUGCCGGAGUCACCUAUUUUCCACUUAACUAAAGGUAAUAAGGAAGCUGCAACGGAGUGUCUGGCCAAAAUUCGCGGUCGUUCUCACGAAGCCGUGAAAAGUGAGGUUGACAAAAUGGAGAGAGAAAUUCAAAUGUCUAUGGCUAAAACUGCCACGUUCGCCGAUGUAUUCCGUGGAAGCAAUUUCAAGGCGUUAUACAUCUCGUUGACGUUGAUGCUCCUGCAGCAGGUCAGCGGUAUCAACGCUGUGCUCUUCUUUUUGAGCAAUAUCUUCUCAGAAGCCGGAGCCAGCCUUGAUGCGUCCAUUUCGGCUAUUAUUGUUGGAGCAAUGCAGGUGCUUGCAUCCUCGCUUACCCCCUUUGCGGCCGACAAACUUGGUCGUCGUCCCCUGCUGCUCAUUUCAAGUUGUGGUACCAGUAUUGGACUAGGUCUUUUAGCAGUGUACUUUAUCCUUGCUGAAAAUGAAAAUCCUGUAGUGGAGAGUAUCGGCUUCCUGCCGAUCGUGGCUUUAGUCCUGUUUAUAGUGACGUACUGCUGGGGCCUGGGGCCUCUGCCAUGGGCCGUCAUGUCCGAGCUCUUUCCAAUCGAAGUUAAGGCCACCGCAGCUCCCAUCGCUACGGCUUUCUGCUCGAUUUUGACUUUCUUAGUCACGAGAUUCUUCAGUCCAAUCGCAUUGGCAAUAGGCAUGGGGAUGACAUUCCUAAUGUUCGGAGUAUUUUGCGCGUGCGGAUUCUUCUUCACACUCUUUUUCGUGCCCGAGACGAAGGGGAAGAGUUUCCAGGAGAUUCAGGAGAUGCUGGCUGGCAAGUCCUCCAAAAUCGAGAAAACUGAAGUUAUGAAGGCUUUAUGA